AUGGAGAAACAAUUUAGUUACCAUAAGAAAGCGCAACGUCCACAACUACUAAUGAACACUAAAAAGGGUGAACAACCUACUGAGUUUGCCAAAAAACAUAGGUUUAAAGAUACUUUGGCAUUGUUUCUGGUGUUUUUAAGUUUCAACCAUUUUACUUCCGUAUGUUUGUUAGUUUCCUUUAUUGUUGCCACCAAAUGCAAAGAUUUUCUGGCAAACUGUUUUAUUAUACUUUUUUUAUCGAGAAAGCCCUCUCGUCAUAUUAGUGAAGUGGCACACAUAGAUAUAACUACUUCCAAAAUGGCAAAUAAUAGCUCGAAUAAAAUGUCUAGUUCAAGAUUAUUUGGAAAUUCGAAAACUAGCUUUGUCAUCCCCAUCCCUGUAUUAAUAUGUGAAAUUUCUUUUGCAAUGUUAUUGAAGAUUUACGGUGGAAACUAUUUUGUGAAGCCAAUAAAGAAUUUAGCAAUUUCUAUUAUCGCCUCAUUUUUGAUUAAUGAUCCAAGCGAUUGUUUAAGUUACGCAACCUCAUGUUCAGUAUUAUAUGCUGUAUCAACUAAUACUUUUCAAAGGGUCUCACAUCUCAUUGAGAGCUUACACAUAUUUGAACUGUCCUUGCGAGGAACUGGCCAAUCAAUAAGUUUUUUCGCAGUUUUCAGCAAGUAUUCACAAUUUUUAAAGAAACUUUUCUCUCUUUUCUUACCGAUGCCCUUCAAGAUGCUUGGCAAACAUUCAGAGAGUGUACUUUACUAUUUAUCUUUCCAUAUCCUUUUCUUCUCAUUUGCUUCAAGUUUAUUACACCCCCAUAGACAAACAGCGGAAAACAAACCAUCGAAGAAAAGUUUCAAUUCUACUAGAGCGGACGUAAAUCGUAUGCAAGGACUGCAAAAGAUGAGAAUUUCAUCCUCAUCUUCAAUUUCUACAGACUCGAAUAUACUAGAGUCUCAAGCUCCUAUGAUACCGAACGAUCCAGGUGGCCUGACAGCCAGCAACCAACCUAUCCAUUCAACUCAACAAAGUAGCACUCCACUUCUUUCAUCACCACACAUUAAUAUUUCUAAUCCUGUCACUUCUCAUCCCACCGAUGCUACUCCUAGAUUUCCUUAUUUCACUUCCAUGGUGAAGGAAUACAAAUCAUACCAGCCAUCUGUGAUCUCUGCUGAAAGAAGCAAUUCACAAGCUGUUACGACUACUACUUCCACAACUUCUCCUACAACAUUCAAUUUUUCUGAUAGCAAUGAUUGUUCAACUGAUUUUCCUCCAUGCGAUCUAUUGAGCACAACGUCAAACAAGGAUUCUGAUCCAUUUUCCACUUCUAAUGACGAGUAUACUAAUCAACUGUUUGAAUUAAACGUUGAUUUCGGGAACAUACUUUCUUCCAGCACUUUAUCUUCGGACAUAUCUGUCACAUCAAACUUAGAAAAUUUCAUUCGUCUUUUAUUUAGAAGGAAAAAUCAACACUUGAUUGCCCCUCUUUGGUCUAUGGUGGUUACCUUAAAAACGACAAAUUUUGAAAAAAAAUACUUACAAGAGAGUUCUGAAAACCCACUAACACCAACGAAUUCCGAUACAUUAUACAACAAUAAUCAGGAAAAACAUGAUAAAGAUUUGGAUACGAUUAAAACACAUUCGGUUCCAUCGAAUAUUAGUUUUACUCACGCCGGCAAGUUCAAGAAAAGUGUAUUUAAUAAUUUUGAACCUUCAAACACGAUGGCAUUGAUCGCAAAAACAACUUCUGAUGACUAUAACUUGUUAAAUUUAGUUUCCACAAACGAGAAUAUCUUCAAUAGAAAUGAUAAUGAUUAUAAAGUUUGUAUUAUUGAUAUCAGCACCAACUCCAUUACUUUCCAUAUUGAAAAUUUGCAUGAUGGCGAACUCAUUGUUUUAGUAAACGGUGUCAUCUGGUCAGAAGUUUCGUGCGCUUUAAUUUUAGAACACGUGGGCGAAGAAUAUGUUGUUGUUAACGGAUUGGUUCCUUCCUGCUCUUACGAUAUCCAAUUCAUCAACAGACUCAACCACCGAGAUGAUUAUUUGGUUUCUGAUUUAAUUGUCAGAACUUGCGGAAAUAACAACGCAAUUGCUGGGAAAUUUGAGAAUCUUGAUUUUAGUUUCCCUUCAUACUACCAUAGAAAAUUCCUGUCUCCAUUGCUAACCCUGAAGCAUUCUGUGCUUACUACUAAUACAAAUCUAUCUGAUGAAAGAGCCAAGUUGAAAAAGACAAAGAAGGAAAUCAGCAAGAAGUUAAGCCUUUUGAGACAAGAAAUUGACUUUUUUAAAAAUAGAAUCUCACAGAAUGCUACACAUGAUGAAAAGAGCACUUCAAAAGUUGAAAAUCUAAAAGUUGCUUUGCAACAAAGCGAGACCGCAGUAAAUAAACUUGAAACGGGACUGAAGACACUCACUGAGAAAGAGCUUGACUUGGAAGAGGAAUACUUAAGGAAGAAAGAUUUGCACUUGAAAAAUCAACUAGAGUUUAGCAAGUUGGAGGAAAGCUUAUCCAAGGAUCUGAAAAGCUCGGAAAGUAAGUUUAAUAAGGUUAGCCAAGAAUUAAGUCAACUAGCAUCUAAAUUAGACAAGCUCAAGGCGAGAAACGAAAAGUUACGAAAAGAAGUUGAUCAAAACGAGGAAGAAAUAGAAAAGUUCUGCAAUCAGUUUUUGAGCAAAAGAGAAAAGGACAGACUCAGAAGAAAAGAAUACAGAAUACGUGAAGCCAAUAAAUUUGAAUUAACCAUAAAAGGGUUAGAACAAGAUAUCAACCGGUUAGAGCAUGAGAACAAAAAUAUUCAUAGUUUAAUUGGUAAUGGUUAUUGA